GAGGGAGGCUGAGCUGCAGAGGGAGGCUAUGGAGGGGCAGCCGGUCACCCUCCUGGCUCAGCACACUGGAGUCACCCGAGAGCGCUUCUUGCAGGACAUCUACCCUCUGAGAAAGCCAGCAGUGUUGAAAGGAAUGGAUUUAGGCCCUUGCGUGACCAAAUGGACAGUGGAUUACCUCUGUCAAGCAUCAGGAAAAAAAGAAGUAAAGAUUCAUGUUUCCACUGUGCCACAGAUGGACUUCCUUAGCAAGAACUUUGUGUAUAGAACGUUGCCUUUUGAUGUAUUUAUAAGGAGAGCGGCUGAAGCCAAACAUACAGAAUACUUUAUUUCAGAGGAUGAAAAGUAUUAUUUGCGUUCCCUGGGAGAAGACCCACGAAAGGAUAUUGCAGAUCUCCAAAAACAGUUUCCUCUGCUGGCAGAUGAUAUUCAGAUCCCAGAAUACUUUCCAAAGGAGCAGUUCUUUUCCACAGUCUUCCGCAUAAGCUCAGCAGGACUACAGCUUUGGACACAUUAUGAUGUAAUGGAUAACUUCUUAAUUCAGGUGACGGGAAAGAAACAAGUUGUUCUCUACAGUCCCCGCGAUGCACCAUAUUUGUAUUUAUCAGGUACAAAGUCAGAGGUGCUAGAUGUGGACAAACCAGACUUGAAGAAAUAUCCUCUCUUUGUGAAGGCCAGACGUUAUGAAUGCCAACUGGUGGCAGGAGAUGUCUUGUUCAUUCCAGCUUUGUGGUUCCAUAAUGUGACUUCUGAAGAAUUUGGAGUUGGAGUCAAUGUUUUCUGGAAACACCUUCCUUCUGACUGCUAUGAUAAAACAGACACCUAUGGAAACAAAGAUCUUGCUGCAGCUUCAAGAGCAGUGCAGAUUUUGGAUAGGGCACUGAAAACUCUGGAAGAUCUACCCGAGGAAUACAGAGAUUUCUAUGGCAGAAGAAUGGUUUUACGCAUCCAAGAAAAAACAUAUAGCGCUAACUAUGAAUAAAGAGCAUUUGCAAUCUUAACA